AAAGUCUCACGUCACUUCCGGUAGAAGCUCAGUCACUGUCUGAAGGAAGAUGUCGUCGAGCGGUGGCAGCUCGGGCCCCGGCUGGGAUGUGGCGGUCCGGCCGCUCCUCUCCGCCUCAUACUCGGCCUUUGACAUGAAGGAGCUGCCGCAGCUGCUGUCCUCGGUGAUAGAGAGUGAAUCUGAGAUUCUUCACCAUGACAAACAGUAUGAACCGUUCUACUCGUCAUUUGUGGCCCUGUCCACUCAUUACAUCACAACAGUGUGCAACCAGAUUCCCAGGAACCAGUUACAGUCCGUAGCGGCUGCCUGUAAAGUCUUGCUUGAGUUCUCUUUGCUGCGGCUGGAGAGCCCCGAUGAGGCCUGUGCUGUGUCUCAGAAGCAUCUGAUCCUCCUGAUCAAGGGCCUGUGUACGGGCAGCAGCCGCCUGGAUCGCACAGAGAUCAUCACUUUUACUGCAAUGAUGAAAUCCUCCAAACUGCCGCAGACGAUACAGACGCUCUCUGACGUCGAAGAUCAGAAAGAAACAGCUGUUCUUCUGAGUCCUGAGUUGCGCCAGAAAGAGGUGAAAAUGAACUUUCUUAACCAAUUGACGUCUGUUUUUAACCCCAGAGGCUCCUCGUCGUCCUCGACCUCCUCACACACACAGGUGGAAUCAGAGGUGGAUGACACAACAUCAGAGCAGGCGUCUGCAGCGAAAACAAAGAGCAUAUUUAUAGCCCAGAACGUGGCCAGUCUCCAAGAACUGGGUGGAUCAGAGAAGCUGCUUAGAGUUUGCUUGAACCUGCCCUACUUUUUGAGAUAUAUUAACCGUUUCCAAGACGCAGUGUCCGCCAACUCCUUCUUCAUUAUGCCUGCAACGGUUGGAGAUGCCACAGCCGUCCGUAAUGGGUUUCAUUCACUUGUGAUUGAUGUGACUAUGGCACUGGACACUCUGUCUCUGCCUGUAAUGGAGCCACUCACCCCUCCUCGGCUAAAAGACGUUACUCUCCUGGCCCUGAGCUGCUUAUAUGCAGGUGUCAGCGUUGCUACAUGCAUGGCAAUCCUCCAUGUUGGGAGCACUCAGCAGGUGCGGACCGGAUCUACAAGCUGUAAAGAGGAAGACUAUGAAAACGAUGCUGCCACCAUUGUGCAGAAAUGUCUGGAAAUCUACGAGAUGAUUGGACAGGCAAUAAACAGUUCUAGAAGAGCCGGUGGAGAGCACUAUCAGAACUUCCAGCUGCUGGGGGCCUGGUGUCUGGUGAACAGUCUGUACCUGAUCCUCAACCUCAGCCCCACCGCCCUGGCAGACAAAGGGAAAGAGAAAGAUCCACUGGCAGCGCUCAGAGUCCGAGACAUUGCCCGGGCAAAGGAAGGGGUGGGCUCCCCAAAGCUGGGGCCUGGUAAAGGACACCAGGGUUUUGGCGUCCUGUCAGUCGUGCUCGCAAACCAUGCUAUCAAGCUGCUCACCUCUCUCUUCCAAGAUCUGCAAGUGGAGACCUUACACAAGGCAACCUGGGAUAAAGACGGACCCCUGGCCGAGCUUAGCAUCACCGCUCAGAGCACGUCCACCCAGAGAAUACAGAGGCUCAUUGAUUCCGUCCCUCUGACAAACCUGCUCUUCACAAUCCUAUCCACCUCCUAUCGAAAGGCCUGUGUCUUACAACGGCAGAGGAAAGGCUCUAUGAGUAGUGAUGCCAGCGCGUCCACAGAUUCCAACACUUACUAUGAAGAUGACUUCAGCAGCACAGAGGAAGACAGCAGCCAAGAUGAUGAUAGUGAACCCAUCCUGGGUCAGUGGUUUGAAGAAACAAUCUCUCCAACUAAAGAGAAGGUGCCCCCACCGCCCCCACCACCGCCGCCUCUCGAGAGCUCCCCCAGAGCCAAAAGUCCGAGCAAACAGAACUCUGCUGGGAACGGCAACAUCUUGGCCAGUCGCAAGGACCCAGAGCUGUUCCUCAGCCUUGCCUCCAAUAGCCUGAAUUUCAUCACCAGCUGCAUGCUGAAUUCUCGCAGCAAUUUCAUCCGGAACUACCUUAGUGUGUCCCUGACUGAGCAGCACAUGUCCAGCCUGGCCUGUAUCAUCAAAGACGUGGACAAGGAUGGACUCAAAGGUUCAUCAGAUGAGGAUUUUGCAGUCGCUUUGUACCAGUUUAAUCAUUGUUUGGUGACUUCUGAUCUUCAGUCUCCCACACUACAGAGCGCUCUUCUGCAGCACCUUGGAAUCGCUCCUCUCGGUGAGGGCCCUUGGCCCCUGUACAUCCAUCCCCAAAGUCUUUCCGUACUGUCACGUCUCCUGUUGCUGUAUCAGCACAAGGCUAGCAUCCAGGGAGAACCAGACGUACCAGAAUGUCUCCGUGUAUGGGAGAGGUUUGUUGGGACCCUGAAGCAGAAUGCCCUCCAGGGCGUGGUACCAGGAGACACUGAAGAUGUCAACGUGGAUCAUCUUCAACUGCUGCUCCUGAUCUUUCACAAUUUAUCAGAGAAGGGGCGCCAGAGUAUCCUGCUGCUCUGUAUACAGACACUGCAGGACUUGGCCAGUAACCUGGAAUCCCAGUUACCAGCUGUUCCCCUUCUCCUUGCAAGAUUGCUCCUAGUGUUUGACUAUCUCUUGCACCAGUACUCUAAGCCACCCCUCUACCUCUUUGAGCAGGUGCAAUACAAUCUUCUUACACCCCCCCUUGGCUCUGGGGCAUCACAUGACGGGACCGGUCGCACGUCUGCUUUGUAUUACGGAUUUAAAGAAGUGGAAGAAAACUGGACAAAACACUGCACAACAGAUUCGGCCCCACAGCCCCGAUUUUACAGUAUCCUCACUCAGGAGGCCUCUGAAGAUGACCUGCAUCGGCUGGAUAGUGAGGUGUGUGAAGUCCUCUUCUCCCGAGUGCUGAAGUACGAUGACCUGUACACCGCCCUCAUUUCUUUACUGGCGGCUGGAUCCCAGCUUGACACAGUACGGAGGAAUGAGAAUAAAAGCAUCACAGCCCUGGAGGCUUGUGCCCUUCAGUAUCACUUCCUUAUACUGUGGAGGAUUCUGGGAAUCUUACCACCCUCCAAGCACUACAUGAAGCAGCUGUCACACAAUGUGUCUGGCCCUAGUGAAUGCGAGAUUCUUCACACCUUGCGUUGGGCGUCUCGACUCCGAGUCCCAUCAUACCUGCUCUGGAUAAAGGAUCAUCUUGUGAAGCAGGGAAUGAAACCAGAGCAAGCAGCGUCACUGACAGAGCAAACCUCAGCCAAAUGCAGCACUAUCAAAUAUGAUGUAGAAGUGGCCGAAGAGUACAUUGCCCGGCAGAUCUCAACUUAUUGCAGCUCUAAUGGAUACACGUUUGAACAGCUCCGUAAGGGGCCCAACCUGCAGUGUAUUUACACAUUGGAUGCCAUGAUCUGCAAAGUGCAAGUGUCCCUGGACGAACAUUUCUCUAAGCUGUCAGCCGAGACCGAUCCCCACAAGUCUUCUCAGGUCGCCAAGAACCUCCUGCCGGCUGCGUUACAGCUCCUAGACAUGUACGCCUCUCUCACCCGCUGUUACCUGCUCCGAAGCCUACCUGAGGAAGGUAUCGAGGAGAAGAAGCUGCAGGGCUACGCUGCUGUCAUUGCCAUUGGAUCUUCCUGCUGCAAAGCAAACACGCUGGGUCCCGUAUUGAUUCAGAAUCUCCCUACUGCUGUGCAGACUUUAUGUGAGACCUGGAACAACAUUCACACCAAUGAAUUCCCCAGCAUUGGAUCAUGGCGCAAUGCCUUUGCCAAUGAUACUAUUCCAUCAGAAAGCUACAUUGGAGCCGUUCAGGCAGCCCACCUGGGUACAUUGUGUAGCCCCAGCCUGUCGCUCGCUGCUUCCCUCAAGCACGUACUUCUGUCUCUGGUUCGGCUGACGGGCGACCUCAUAGUAUGGUGCCCAGAAGAUCUGAAUUCUCACCAGUUAAUCCAGUCGCUGCUUCCUCUUCUUCUGGAGAGCAGCACUGAGAGUGUUUCUGAACUCUGCAGCACGUCCCUGGAGCGAGUCCUCGGCCCCGCAGAGUCCGAUGAGUUUUUGUCUCGGUUGUAUGAGAAGUUGAACACUGGUUGUUACAAUAUCCUUGCCCACCACUCUGACCCAAGCAGUGGCCUGGAUGAGUCUAUCCUGGAGGAGUGUCUGCAGUUCUUAGAGAAACAGCUCGAGAGCAGCUUGGCUCGGAAAGCCAUGGAGGAGUUUUUUACGGAGAGAGGUGAACUGGUGCAGAUAAUGAUGGCGACUGCAAAUGAAGCGCUCUCUGCCAAAUUCUGUAACAGAGUCCUGAAGUUGUUCACAAAACUCUUCCAGCUAACUGAGAAGAACCCAAGCCCCAGUCUGCUGCGUCUGUGCGGGACAUUGGCGCAGCUCGCCUGUGUGGAGCCAUCGCAGCUUCAAUCUUGGCUCGUCCGUAUGACAACUCCCCCUCCUAAGGAUUCUGACCAGGCUGAGAUAGUCCAGGAGAACAGACAGCUCCUCCAGCUGCUCACUGCAUACAUUGUACGAGAGAACAGCCAAGUCGGGGAAGGUGUGUGCACAGUGCUUCUCAGCACCCUCAUCCCAAUGGCCACAGAGCUUUUGGCUAAUGGAGAUGGGUCUGGCUUCCCAGAACUCAUGGUGGUGAUGGCCACUCUGGCAAGUUCAGGACAGGGUGCUGGGCAUCUACAGCUGCACCGCGCUGCAAUGGACUGGCUGGCAAGAUGUAAGAAAUAUUUAUCCCAAAAAAAUGUUGUGGAAAAAGUGAACAACAAUGUAAUGCAUGGAAAGCAUGUCACCAUCCUGGAGUGCACGUGUCAUAUAGUGUCCUACCUCGCGGAUGUCACUAAUGCAUUGAGCCACAGUGCUGGGCAGGGACACUGCCACCUUCCCGUGGAUGGAGAAGAGCGAGCGAUCGAGGUGGACUCUGACUGGGUGGAGGAGCUGGCUGUAGAAGAGGACGAUUCCCAGGCUGAAGAUUCGGAUGAAGAUUCUCUUUGUAACAAGCUGUGUACAUUCACAAUCACUCAGAAAGAGUUCAUGAAUCAGCACUGGUAUCACUGCCACACCUGCAAGAUGGUGGAUGGGGUCGGUGUGUGCACGGUCUGCGCCAAGGUCUGCCACAAAGACCACGAAAUUUCUUAUGCAAAAUACGGCUCAUUUUUCUGUGACUGCGGGGCCAAAGAAGAUGGCAGCUGCAUGGCCUUGGUUAAGAGAACUCCAAGCAGUGGUAUAGGAUCCACCAUGAAAGAAUCGGCCUUCCAGAGCGAACCUCGCCUGCCAGAAAGUGCCAUCCGACACCCUGGCUCUGCUCUCACAGACAAAGGCAAAGUGACAAUCAGUGACGGCAAAGGGGACGACGAGAAGCCGAAAAGGAGCAGCUUGUGCCGUAACGUUGAGGGCUGCCGAGAAGAGCUUGUGUGUCAGGCAAAUGUUUCAUUUGCACCGUUGAUUCUGGAUAUGUUGAACUUUUUGAUGAGCGCCGUACGGAACAACUUCCAGCAGGCUUCGGCGGUGGGGAGUAGUAGUCGAGCUCAGCAGGCGCUGGACCAGCUGCACUCAUUGGAGAAAAGUGUGGAGAUGACCGACCAGCUGAUGGUCCCGACUCUGGGCUCACAGGAAGGAGCGUUCGAGAACGUAAGGAUGAAUUAUAGCGGCGAUCAGGGCCAAACCAUCCGACAGCUGAUCAGUGCUCAUGUACUGCGCAGAGUGGCCAUGUGUGUGCUGUCCUCUCCUCACGGCAGGAGGCAACAUCUCGCUGUCAGCCAUGAGAAGGGAAAGAUCACAGUAUUACAGCUCUCAGCGCUGCUGAAACAGGCAGAUUCUAGUAAAAGGAAGCUCACCCUGACACGUCUCGCCUCGGCACCGGUCCCGUUCACAGUCCUUAGCCUCACCGGGAACCCCUGCAAAGAGGAUUACCUGGCUGUGUGCGGACUGAAGGACUGUCACGUCCUGACGUUCAGCGGCUCAGGAUCUGUUUCCGACCACUUGGUCCUCCAUCCCCAACUCGCCACCGGCAACUUCAUCAUCAAAGCCGUCUGGCUGCCCGGAUCCCAGACUGAGCUGGCCAUUGUUACUGCUGACUUUGUCAAGGUUUAUGAUCUGUCGUCGGAUGCUCUAAGCCCAACCUUUUACUUCCUGCUGCCCAGCUCAAAGAUUAGAGACGUCACCUUCCUGUUUAAUGAAGAAGGGAAGAACAUUAUAGUGAUCAUGUCGUCUGCCGGUUAUGUCUACACUCAGCUGAUGGAGGAGUCCAGCAGUGCCAAGCACGGGCCCUUCUAUGUCACCAAUGUUCUGGAGGUCUCUCAUGAAGACCUGAAGGAUAGUAACGGGCAGGUCGCUGGUGGAGGUGUGUCUGUGUAUUACUCUCAUGUACUCCAGAUGCUGUUCUUUAGUUAUUGCCAAGGCAAAUCUUUUGCUGCCACCAUAAACCGAUCAUCAAUGGAGAUAAUUCUGCUUUUCCCCAUCAACAUAAAGAGCUCCAAUGGAGGAAGCAAGACCUCGCCGGCCCUCUGUCAGUGGUCUGAAGUCAUGAACCAUCCUGGUUUAGUUUGUUGUGUUCAGCAAACUACAGGAGUGCCUCUUGUCGUCAUGGUCAAACCUGAUAGUUUCCUCAUUCAGGAGAUAAAGACUCUUCCAGCAAAAGCCAAGAUUCAGGAUAUGGUAGCAAUACGGCACACAGCCAGCAAUGAUCAGCAGAGGACAACCAUGAUCCUUCUCUGUGAAGAUGGCAGCCUGCGGAUCUAUAUGGCCAACGUGGAGAACACCUCAUACUGGCUCCAGCCUUCCUUGCAGCCCAGCAGCAGUAUUGGCAUCAUGAAACCUGUGCGCAAACGCAAGCCGGCGGCUGUCAUGACACGGGCCUCCAGUCAGGUGACCUUUCCCAUCGAUUUCUUCGAGCACAACCAACAACUUACAGAUGUGGAGUUUGGUGGGAACGACCUGCUGCAGUUAUACAAUGCCCAGCAAAUAAAGCAUCGCCUGAAUUCUACUGGGAUGUACGUGGCAAACACUAAGCCGGGAGGAUUUACAGUGGAAGUCACCAAUAACAACAGCACCAUGGUGAUGACAGGAAUGCGGCUCCAGAUCGGCACACAGGCCAUCGAGAGGGCCCCUUCUUACAUUGAGAUGUUUGGCCGCACGAUGCAGCUCAAUCUCAGCCGAGCGCGAUGGUUUGACUUUCCAUUUACACGGGAAGAAGCCUUACAGGCUGAUAAAAAGCUCACGAUAUUCAUUGGUGCGUCGGUGGAUCCGGCCGGAGUCACUAUGAUAGAUGCCAUUAAAAUAUAUGGAAAGACAAAGGAGCAGUUUGGCUGGCCAGACGAACCCCCAGAAGAGUUCCCCUCUGCCUCCGUGAGCAGCGUCUGUCCUCCGAACCUCAAUCAAGGCAAUGGAUCCACAGACAGCGAGACAGCGACGCCGCCCUCCACUAACGGCACUGUCAUUGAGAGGUUGGUGGGAAGCUCCCUUGAAGCUCUGGAAAGCUGUUUCGGCUUCGGACCAGUGCCGGAGAAGGAGAAAAAUAAAGCUUCAGCUCUGGAACUGGCGACGGUCCUGCUCUCCAUGCCAACACCCUCCAGUGUACAGCUCCAGACAAAGAGUCUCCUGGCCAGUCUGCACACAAGCCGGUCCGCGUACCACAACCACAAGGAUCAAGCGCUGCUGAGCAAUGCUGUACAAUGUCUGAACGCCAGCGCUCACGAUGGAAAGGACCUGGAUCCAGAAAUAUUCCAGAGACUGGUCAUCACCGCUCGCUCCAUCGCCAUCAUGCGCCCAAACAACCUUGUUCACUACACAGAGUCCAGGCUGCUUUCAGCAGAGACAGAUAUUGACGAAGGCAAAGACGUUGUGAAGACCAGUGAAGGAGAAGACACUUAUGCCUUCAUUACGCAGCUGGUCAACCAGUUCUGGAAACUACAUGCAUCUAAACCCAAGAACGCCUUCCUGGCUCCUGCUUGUCUGCCUGGUCUGACCCAUGUGGAAGCGACAGUCAAUGCCUUGGUGGAUAUCAUACAUGGAUACUGCACGUGUGAACUGGACUGCAUUAACCUGGCAUCUGAAAUCUACAUGCAAAUGUUGCUGUGCCCGGAUCCAUCUGUAAGCUUCUCCUGCAAACAGGCCCUCAUUCGGGUCCUCCGUCCUCGAAAUAAACGUCGUCAUGUGACUCUUCCAUCCUCUCCACGUAGCAACACGCCAAUGGGAGACAAAGAUGACGAUGACGACGAUGACGCGGAAGAUAAGAUCCAGACCUCUACAAUACCAAAUGGAGAACCUGUCCGACAGCAGAGUCAGGAGCAGAAUGAGGUCGACCAUGGAGACUUUGAGAUGGUGUCUGAGUCCAUGGUCCUGGAGAGUGCAGACAGCGUUAACAAUGGCAACCCGUCACCUUUAGAGGCUCUGCUGGCUGGAGCCGAGGGCUUCCCACCAAUGCUGGACAUCCCACCUGAUGCCGAUGAUGAGACCAUGGUGGAGUUAGCCAUCGCCCUUAGUCUGCAGCAAGAUCAGCAACGAAGCAGCAGCAGUGCUCUUGGUCUGCAGAGUUUGGGAUUGUCCGGACAGGCACCCAGCUCAUCAUCUUUGGAUGCUGGGACUUUAUCGGACACCACUGCAUCAGCUCCAGCAUCGGAUGACGAAGGCAGCACGGCCGCAACCGAUGGUUCCACACUGCGCACCUCCCCGGCCGACCACGGAGGGAGCGUGGGCUCGGAGAGUGGCGGCAGUGCCGUGGAUUCGGUGGCUGGUGAGCAUAGUGUAUCAGGUCGCAGCAGUGCAUAUGGAGACACAGCGGUCGAGGGUCACCCUACAGGACCUGGAAGUAUUAGUUCUAGCACGGGAGCGAUCAGCACUGCAACCGGACAGCACGAAGGGGAAGGCUCUGAAGGAGAAGGAGAGACGGAAGGUGACGCACAUACGAGCAACAGACUUCACAUGGUGCGUUUAAUGCUUCUGGAGCGCCUCCUUCAGACAAUGCCGAGUCUCCGCACUGUAGGAGGAGUCCGGGCCAUUCCGUACAUGCAGGUGGUUCUGAUGCUGACCGCUGAUCUGGAUGGUGAAGAUGAGAAGGAUAAAGGAGCCUUGGAUAACCUCCUGGCCCAGCUCAUUGCAGAACUAGGUUUAGAUAAAAAGGACGUCUCCAAGAAGAACGAGCGUACCCCCCUGAAUGAGGUCCAUCUGGUGGUCAUGAGGCUUCUGAGUGUCUUCAUGUCUAGGACAAAGUCUGGUUCCAAAUCGUCCAUCUGUGAGUCGUCUUCUCUGAUUUCUAGCGCAACAGCGACCGCGCUUCUAAGCUCUGGUGCGGUGGAUUAUUGCCUUCAUGUCCUUAAGUCUCUCCUGGACUUUUGGAAGAGCCAACAGAGUGAUGAGGAGCCGGUGGCCAGCAGCCAGCUCCUAAAACCCCACACCACGUCGUCUCCACCCGACAUGAGCCCUUUCUUCCUCCGCCAGUAUGUCAAGGGUCAUGCUGCAGACGUCUUCCAGGCCUACACUCAGCUGCUGACAGAAAUGGUUCUCCGGCUGCCGUACCAGAUUAAGAAAAUUGCCGACACCAAUUCCAGGAUUCCUCCGCCAGUGUUCGAUCAUUCUUGGUUCUACUUCCUUUCUGAGUACCUGAUGAUUCAGCAGACACCAUUUGUGCGCCGCCAAGUGCGGAAACUUCUCCUGUUCAUCUGUGGCUCCAAGGAGAAAUACCGACAGCUCCGGGACCUUCAUACACUCGAUUCCCACGUCCGCGGCAUCAAGAAGUUGCUGGAGGAGCAUGGGAUUUUCCUGCGUGCGAGCGUGGUGACCGCGAGCUCCGGAUCAGCUCUUCAGUAUGACACCCUAAUCAAUCUGAUGGAACAUCUCAAAGCCUGUGCCGAAAUUGCCUCCCAGCGAACUGUGAACUGGCAGAAAUUCUGCAUCAAAGAUGAUUCGGUCCUGUACUUCUUGCUUCAGGUGAGCUUCUUGGUGGAUGAAGGGGUGUCUCCGGUCCUCCUGCAGCUGCUCUCGUGUGCUCUCUGCGGCAGCAAAGUCCUUUCCCCAUCUUCAGGUUCUUCCGUUCCAUCCUCAAGCUCUGGUCAGCCUCAAAGUAAGUCUUCAACCAAGAAAAGCAAAAAGGAAGAUAAAGACAAAGACAAGGAAGGGGAGGGGUCCAGUAGUCAAGAGGAGCAGCUCUGCACCGCACUCGUCAACCAACUAAAUAAGUUUGCAGACAAGGAAACGCUGAUCCAGUUCCUGCGCUGCUUCCUUCUGGAGUCCAAUGCUUCUUCUGUCCGCUGGCAGGCUCAUUGCUUAGCGCUUCACAUCUACAGGAAUUCCAACAAGUCCCAGCAGGAACUCCUCCUAGAUCUCAUGUGGUCAAUCUGGCCCGAGCUCCCAGCCUAUGGACGAAAAGCCGCUCAGUUUGUUGAUCUUCUCGGAUACUUCUCCCUGAAGACGCCUCAGACAGAAAAGAAGUUUAAGGAAUAUUCCCAAAAGGCUGUGGAGAUCCUGCGGACCCAGAACCACAUCUUGACCAAUCAUCCCAACUCCAACAUCUACAACACGCUUUCUGGUUUGGUAGAAUUUGAUGGUUACUAUCUCGAGAGUGACCCUUGUCUGGUCUGCAACAACCCCGAAGUCCCAUUGUGUAACAUCAAACUUUCUUCAAUUAAAGUGGACACACGCUACACAACCACACAACAAGUGGUCAAGCUCAUAGGAAGCCACACUAUCAGCAAAGUGACCGUGAAGAUCGGUGACUUGAAGAGAACGAAGAUGGUCCGAACCAUUAAUCUGUACUACAACAACCGCACCGUGCAAGCCAUUGUGGAGCUGAAGAACAAACCCGCACGCUGGCACAAAGCUAAAAAGGUCCAGUUGACUCCGGGACAAACCGAAGUGAAGAUCGAUCUUCCGCUCCCUAUUGUGGCCUCAAACCUAAUGAUCGAGUUUGCCGACUUCUAUGAAAACUACCAGGCGUCUUCAGAAACUCUCCAGUGUCCUCGUUGCAGCGCCUCCGUUCCUGCCAACCCCGGGGUGUGUGGGAACUGUGGUGAAAACGUCUACCAGUGUCACAAGUGCAGAUCCAUUAACUAUGAUGAGAAGGACCCGUUCCUGUGCAACGCUUGCGGGUUUUGCAAGUAUGCACGUUUUGACUUCAUGCUGUAUGCAAGACCUUGCUGUGCUGUUGAUCCCAUUGAGAAUGAAGAGGAUCGGAAGAAGGCGGUCACCAACAUCAACACCCUGCUGGACAAGGCGGACAGAGUCUAUCACCAGCUCAUGGGUCACAGACCGCAGCUAGAAAACCUUCUCUACAAAGUGAAUGAAGCCGCCCCGGAGAAGCCGCAGGAUGAUUCUGCCAACGCCGGAGGAAUAAGCUCCACGUCCGCCAGCGUGAACCGCUACAUCCUGCAGCUGGCCCAGGAAUACUGCGGGGACUGCAAAAACUCUUUUGAUGAACUUUCUAAAAUCAUCCAGAAAGUGUUCGCCUCCCGGAAGGAGCUUUUGGAGUAUGAUCUGCAGCAGAGAGAAGCCGCCACGCGAUCCUCCCGCACCACGGUACAGCCCACGUUCACUGCCAGUCAGUACAGAGCCUUAUCGGUGCUGGGCUGCGGCCAUACAUCCUCCACCAAGUGCUACGGCUGCGCUUCUGCUGUGACCGAGCAUUGUAUCACUCUGCUCCGUGCCCUGGCCACCAACAGCACCAUACGGCACAUCCUGGUGUCACAAGGCCUCAUCCGAGAACUCUUUGAUUACAACCUGCGCCGUGGCCCCGCCUCCAUGCGCGACGAAGUGCGGCAGGUCAUGUGCCUGCUGACCAGGGACAAUCCAGAAGCCACUCAGCAGAUGAAUGACUUAAUUAUUGGAAAAGUAUCAACGGCCCUUAAAGGGCAUUGGGCCAAUCCAGAUUUGGCCAGUAGUCUACAGUAUGAGAUGCUGCUGCUUACGGACUCCAUAUCCAAGGAGGACAACUGCUGGGAGCUUCGUCUGCGCUGUGCGCUGAGUCUCUUCCUGAUGGCCGUGAACAUCAAGACCCCCGUAGUGGUGGAGAACAUUACAUUAAUGUGCCUGAGAAUCCUACAGAAGCUUAUUAAGCCUCCCACCCCAACCAGCAAGAAGAAUAAGGACGUUCCAAUGGAAGCAUUAACUACAGUAAAGCCGUACAGCAAUGAAAUCCAUGCACAGGCCCAACUGUGGCUGAAGAGGGAUCACAAAGCGUCAUAUGAAGCCUGGAAGAAAUGUCUCCCAGCCCGAGGUGUAGACAACAGUGGUAAUGCACCAAGUAAAGCUGAGCUGCGGCAGAUGUAUCUGCAGGAGAAGUAUGUGUGGAAGUGGAAACAGUUUUUGAGCAAGAAAGGCAAGAGGACGACCCCGCUGGAUCUGAAACUGGGACAUAACAACUGGCUCAGACAGGUGUUGUUCACCCCGGCCACACAAGCCGCCCGUCAGGCCGCGUGCACCAUUGUUGAGGCGCUGUCAUCCAUUCCGAGCCGCAGACAGCAGGUCCUGGACCUUCUCACCAGCUAUUUGGAUGAACUCAGCGUUGCUGGAGAAUGUUCUGCAGAAUAUCUCGCUUUGUAUCAGAAGCUCAUUAAGCCCGCUCAUUGGAAGAUCUACCUGGCAGCACGGGGCGUGUUACCGUAUGUUGGGAAUCUCAUCACUAAGGAAAUUGCCCGUCUUCUGGCGUUAGAAGAGGCGACGCUCAGCACAGACCUGCAGCAGGGAUAUGCUCUGAAGAGUCUCACAGGUCUCCUCUCUUCCUUCGUGGAGGUGGAAUCCAUCAAGCGUCACUUCAAGAGCCGCCUGGUUGGCACCGUGCUUAAUGGUUACCUGUGUCUCCGGAAGCUGGUGGUGCAGAGAACCAAGCUGAUUGAUGAGACCCAGGACAUGUUACUGGAGAUGCUGGAGGACAUGACCACAGGUACCGAGUCAGAAACAAAGGCUUUCAUGGCCGUUUGCAUUGAGACAGCCAAGCGGUACAGCCUGGAUGAUUACAGGACGCCUGUCUUCAUAUUCGAGAGGCUGUGCAGUAUCAUAUACCCGGAGGAGAAUGAAGUGACCGAAUUCUUUGUGACCCUUGAGAAAGACCCACAACAAGAAGAUUUCCUCCAGGGCCGAAUGCCAGGGAACCCGUACAGCAGCAAUGAGCCAGGAAUCGGACCUCUCAUGAGGGACAUCAAGAAUAAGAUCUGCCAGGAUUGUGAUCUAGUUGCCCUGCUAGAGGAUGACAGUGGGAUGGAGCUUCUAGUGAAUAAUAAGAUCAUCAGUCUAGAUCUGCCGGUGGCCGAGGUGUACAAGAAGGUUUGGUGUCCAACCAAUGAGGGGGAACCAAUGAGAAUAAUCUACAGAAUGAGGGGUCUUCUAGGAGACGCAACAGAAGAAUUCAUUGAGUCGCUGGACUCCACCACAGACGAGGAAGAAGAUGAGGAGGAAGUGUACAAGAUGGCGGGAGUCAUGGCUCAGUGUGGUGGACUGGAAUGCAUGUUGAACCGUCUGGCCGGCAUCAAGGACUUUAAGCAGGGACGUCAUCUCCUCACGGUCCUUCUGAAGCUCUUCAGCUACUGCGUCAAGGUGAAGGUGAAUCGCCAGCAGCUGGUAAAACCCGAAAUGAACACCCUGAAUGUAAUGCUGGGCACCCUGAACCUGGCCCUGGUGGCAGAACAGGAAAGCAAAGAUAGCGGCGGCGCGGCUGUAGCUGAACAAGUGCUGAGUAUCAUGGAGAUCAUACUGGACGAGUCCAAUGCUGAGCCCCUGAGCGAGGACAAGGGGAACCUGCUGCUCACCGGGGAUAAGGAUCAGCUGGUAAUGCUGCUCGAUCAGAUCAACAGCACAUUUGUGCGAUCGAAUCCCAGUGUCCUGCAGGGCCUGCUGCGCAUCAUCCCGUACCUGUCCUUCGGAGAGAUGGAAAAAAUGCAGAUUCUGGUGGAUCGCUUCAAGCCGUACUGCACGUUUGAGAAGUAUGACGAUGAGCACUGCACAGAUGACAAGGUGUUCCUGGACUGUUUCUGUAAGAUCGCUGCCGGCAUCAAGAACAACAGCAAUGGCCACCAGCUCAAAGACCUCAUCCUUCAGAAAGGGAUCACACAGAACGCCCUGGACUACAUGAAGAAGCACAUCCCCAGCGCAAAGAAUUUGGAUGCUGAUAUCUGGAAGAAGUUCCUCUCCCGGCCAGCCCUUCCCUUUAUUCUGAGGUUACUUAGAGGAUUAGCUACACAGCAUCUCCCCACACAGGCUCUUAUUGGUACAGACUCCAUCACAAACCUUCACAAGCUAGAACAAGUGUCCAGUGAUGAGGGGAUCGGGACCCUCGCAGAAAACCUAUUGGAAGCCCUUCGGGAACAUCCGGAUGUCAACAAGAAGAUCGAUGCCGCAAGGAAGGAGACUCGAGCCGAGAAGAAACGUAUGGCCAUGGCGAUGAGGCAGAAAGCACUGGGUACCCUGGGCAUGACUACUAAUGAGAAGGGGCAAGUGGUGACUAAGACGGCCCUACUGAAGCAGAUGGAGGAACUGAUAGAAGAGCCCGGACUCACCUGCUGUAUCUGCAGAGAAGGCUACAAGUUCCAGCCCACCAAAGUUCUCGGCAUCUACACGUUCACUAAGAGGGUGUCACUGGAGGAAGCAGAGAACAAGCCUCGCAAACAGCAGGGAUACAGCACAGUCUCACACUUCAACAUUGUGCACUACGACUGUCACCUGGCGGCCGUGAGGUUAGCUCGUGGUCGGGAGGAAUGGGAGAGCGCAGCUCUGCAGAACGCCAAUACAAAGUGUAACGGCCUGCUUCCUGUCUGGGGCCCCCAUGUUCCGGAGUCGGCCUUUGCCACGUGUUUGGCCAGGCACAAUACCUACCUCCAGGAGUGUACGGGGCAGCGGGAGCCCACCUACCAGCUCAACAUCCACGACCUGAAGCUGCUCUUCCUGAGAUUUGCCAACGAGCAAUCGUUCAGUGCGGAUACCGGGGGCGGGGGAAGGGAGAGCAACAUCCAUCUCAUCCCUUACAUCAUACACACCGUGCUUUAUGUCCUGAACACAACCCGCGCCAUAUCCCGUGAGGAGAAAAAUGUCCAGAAUUUCCUAGAACAGCCCAAAGAGAAGUGGGUAGAAAGUGCCUUCGAGGUGGACGGACCCCAUUACUUCACAGCCCUUGCGUUACAUCUCCUCCCUACAGAGAAGUGGAAAACCAUCCGCAUAGAAGUGCUGCGCCGGCUUCUCGUGGUCAGCCAUGUGCGGGCCGUGGCACCCAGCGGGGCCAACAGAUUGACAGACAAGGCUAUGAAGGAGUAUUCCGUGUAUCGCUCCAGUCUCCUCUUCUGGGCCCUGGUUGACCUCAUCUAUAACAUGUUUAAGAAGGUACCGAACAGUAACACAGAGGGUGGCUGGUCCUACUCGCUGGCAGACUACAUCCGGCUCAAUGACAUGCCCAUCUACGAGGCGGCCGACCGGGCGCUCAAGACCUUCCAGGACGAGUUUAUGCCUGUAGAGUCCUUCUCCGAGUUCAUGGACGUCGCUGGACUUUUAUCUGAAAUCAAUGACCCGGACGACUUCCUGAAGGAUCUCCUGAACUCUGUGCCCUGAGCUCCACUCGGGACACUCCACGUUCCCCCCCUGCAGUCUCAGUAAUGUGUGUUUUCUUUCCUCCAUCUUGUAUUUUUGGUGUAUGGGGGGGGAGUGCAGGGCGUUACCCCCACGGUCGUCAUGAGCUGACACCUCGCAUUCCCUCCGGUACGGAUUUAUUCUUUUAUAUAUAAGUUUUAGAGUCCAUCGCGCCUUCCGGUCAGACAUUUUUUGUUUUUUCCUUCUUUUCGCCCCUUUUUUUGUUUGGUGUGUUUAUGAUUCCAAUUUCGGAUAUAGAUGUAAAAGCCAAAGUGAGCGGCGGAUUUUGGAGCGGAGACCGCCGGCCAGGAUCUGGACCUUCCCCCGACUGCAUGAAAUGUUCAGCCCACCAAAGACACAUUAAUUGCAUGCGAAAAAAGCCCAGCGUCAUGUGACAGCCACAGAGGGGUGUGUCCCAUCCCUUGUUGUCAUGGUGACACCAAUCAUUGCCACAUGUGACAAUCUGUAUCAGGCGGAGCUGAAUCUGCCCGAGGCCGCGUAGACCGCGCUCUGCACGUGCGCCGAGUGGCUCCGCAGCCGCUAUCAAUUAACCUGUCACUAACUCGCUGUUGUCUGCUUGAUACAAUAAAAUCUCAUAAAGCUUC